AUGUGUGAUUCUGAAUCUAUUUACAGUGACUUUGAAUACAGUUCUUCUAAAGAAAGCAGUCAAGAUAAUUUCAUUGCUGAUAAAGUUAAUGAUACUCUUGAAAAUGCUUGGCUCCUACUUGAUAAUAAUGAAAAUAAUUAUGAAGAUUAUGACUUUGAAGAAAAUGAUAAUUCUAAAGAUAGUAAUGAAAAUAUUGGUGAAUAUAAUGAAAAUAUUGAUGAUAAUGAUGAAAGUAUCAAUGACAAAAAUGAUAAUAAUAAUAUAAAUGUUAAAUCUAAACAUGCUUCCAUCCAAGAUUCUAGUUUAACACCAUGUGUUGUUAUUGGUAUUAUCAAUAGCAAAAUAAUGUCAGUAGGAGAAUCCUGUAAUCAAAAAUUUAAAGAAAAACUUCUAUUACUAUUGAUGCCAACUCUUCAAUCUUUGAAUAACAAUAAAAAAGAUAAUAAAAAAGUUAAAGAAGAACUUCCUAAUAGCCUUUUUGUUAAAACCAGUCUGAAAAUGACAGAAAUUGAUCCUAUAGAUCCUCCUAGUAGUUUUUUUGUUAAAAUGACAUUAAAAAUAGUGAAGAUUGAUCUUAGUAAAUUGAAAGAAAAAUCAUAUAAUAUCAUAUCAGAAAAAGUGACAGAUAUAGAAAAAAAUAAAAAUGAGUUUGAAAUAGAAGACAUACAUUUAGAAAUUACAAAAAAAAUACCUUUAGGUUCUAAUAUUCCAGUAAAUGUUGUAAUAUUAGAAACUGGUAACCCACCAAAUUGUAACAAUAAUUUCCAUGCUUCAUGUGAAAUGUACCACAAAGAUUUGUCUAUUUGUGAGACUGCCUUUGCAUCUCUUUUUCCUGCAGUUGGCAAAUCAAAAUAUGCAAGCUCUACUGUGCAUUUUUUGGCACAAGUUCAUAAUGAUUCGCAGCUACGAAAACUGUUGGAGAUAGUAUGCUCAGUAAAUCACACGUGUGAAGAUUACUAUCUUGGUUUUAAUAAAACACUUGAAACAUAUGAUGUAAAAUUCAUCAAGCAAAAUAUUUUUGGAAACCUUAUGAAUGAAGAAACUAUAAUGUUAAAAAUUAAAGCAGCUUAA